UGUGUUUCAUGCUUGACUGCUCCGUAAACUGGCCAACUAUUUACAAGGAAAUAUUCAGGCGAGGAAUUUAUUUUCCUGUUCAUUUAUCUUUCUUCUGAAACAUUUUAAGGGUUCUCAAGUUAGGUGGAUGGCUGGAAGCAGCCAGCUUUGUCAACGUUUUUGGGAAGAGGUACAAGCUCCCCAUCGGCAUUUGACCAGCAGGCCCCAAAACGGAGGAAUUAGAGAUGCAGUUCCGCGCCUAUAUUAAGGAUGGUAUGGAAGGAUAUGCAAUGGCCUUGCUGACUCGGGUUUUGCAAAGGGAGGACGCCGAGGCUCAAGUGUUUUUUUGCCCAGCUCAUAGCCGCCUUCAAGGACAAGAAAGUACACACAUAUGCACUUGCAUCUACGAGCAAAAGCUGCUUGCCACUUAGGAACAAGUUCCUGUGCCAGAAGCUAUCCCUGUUGCUGCUUUUCAGCCCCCGGAGGUCUAUAUCGACGUUCUGACAAUAUACGAGGAGGGUGUUUAUAGUUCGUUGGCGUUCCUAAGCUUGCGAUCACUUGGUGCGACUCAGUCUGCAAAUUCAAAUACUCGCCCUGCAACGCUUGCGAAAAUGAAUAAGCUAAGAUUGAAGUACCACGUCCAUGCACCGUAUUCACUGC